AUGUCUCGUUCAGUUUUAGGCUCAAAACAAAAUCAAAAUAUAUUUCAUGCAGCAUUUCUUGAUGGCAUUCGUGGUGUAGCAGCUUUAUGCGUCAUAUACGAACAUUCACAAAGGUUUUACAACCAGUCAUUACCAUUCACAACAUUUAACUACGUUGGUUAUCUUGGAGUGAGAUGUUUUUUUGUACUUUCGGCCUUUUUACUUACUUUUCGAUCAAUGAUGGAUUGGGAACGAUAUUAUGAAAACACUGAAAAAUAUAUUGAUACGAAUUCAAAAAGUAAGAAUGAUUUAGAAAGUAAAAUUGACCUAGAAGCGGAUUUAACAGACGUUCCACUUUUAUCAAAAACGGAUUGCAAUAAUCUUGUAAUUUUAUUUUUCAUUUUAAAAGAUGCUUAUGGCACUAAUAUAUCUUCAACGAAAACGAAAUAUAAUAUUUUCUACAAGAUAUUAUUCUAUGUUCAAUUGAAAAUACCGAUAAAACAUCAAAUUGCAAUAAAGCUUUGGUUAAAAUUCUUUCUACGUCGAUUUAUGCGAGUAUACCCACCUUACGCGAUUCUUUUAACUAUUAUUGCAUAUAAUGACUUUGUCAGAAGAGCAUAUCAUGAACGUAUAAAUCCUUCAAAUUUAGUCCCUCAUCUAUUGUUAGAAGAAGCAAAAUUUAUUUUCUGGACCAUUCCUACUGAAAUGAAGAUUUUAGGAAUGCCUCGUACGAAAUAUGAGAGAUAUGAGGUUAAAUUAGAAAAUAAUUUUGGCGGUUUUCUCUAUGCUAUAUUAAUUCUUGUAGGCCUCCUUUCUCGUGACAGUUCAUUUGUUAAUGCAUGCUCAAGUAAUUUUCUACGUUUUUGUGGACAGAUUUCGUUUAGUAUAUAUUUAUUACAUCCAAUUGCAUUGACAUUCGUGAACGAAUACUUGACAUGGAUUGGUAUAAGUGCCGCGGAAAAGGAGCCUGAUAAACGGGAGAAGGUCAAUAAUAUGUUAGAUGCAGUGAUGAUAUCAUAUUUACUGACGAUUAUUCUUUCUUGGUUAUAUCACAUACUCGUUGAAAAGCCUUCGAUGAAUUUGGCUAACUAUAUAGCGAAAAGAUGGCUAAACGAUGUGAAGCUGGCAAAACCUGUCCAAAAAAUUAUUAAUCGCGAAUAA